AUGUUCGCCCUUCGAACUGCUGCCGCGCGCACCUCUACUCGCGCCCUCCCCCGCGCCCAGGUUGCCCGCGUUUCGGUCGCCCGCAACUCUGUCGCCCGCGCUGCCUUUGCUCUCGCUGCCCGCUCCUACGUCGUUCCUGCCACCCCCGUCCCCAACUCGACUCUUGACUCGGCUCCCUUUGCCCCCUGCACCAACGUCGGCCCCGACUCGACCGUCAACAAGGUCUGGCCCAACGCCGCUGAGGCCAUCAAGGAUGUCAUCACUGGCAACCAGCUCAUCCUCUCUGCUGGUUUCGGUCUCUGCGGUACCGCCGAGACGCUCAUCCAGGCCAUCGUCGACCGCCCCGACAUCAAGGGCCUCACCGUUGUUUCGAACAACGCCGGUAACGUCGGUGCCGGUGGUCUCUCGCCCCUCGUCCUCUCUGGCCAGAUCGAGAAGAUGAUCCUCUCCUACGUUGGCACCAACAAGGCUCUCCAGGACGCCUACAUUGCCGGCAACGUCGCCCUCGAGCUCACUCCCCAGGGCACUAUCGCUGAGCGUCUCCGUGCCGCUGGUGCCGGUAUGCCCGGUUUCUACACCCGCACUGGUUCCGGCACUGCCGUCGAGACCGGUGACAUCCCCAUCAAGUGGUCUAAGCCCGACGCCGAGGGCAAGCAGGUCGUCGAGGUUCCCGGCCACAAGAAGGAGGUCCGCGAGUUCGACGGCAAGCGCUACAUUUUCGAGCCCGCCGUUCACGGUGACGUCGCCAUCUUCCGCGCCUGGAAGGUCGACAAGGCUGGAAACUGUGUCUUCCGUUACACCACCCGCGCCUUCGGUACCCUCGUCGCCAAGGCUGCCAAGUACUCGCUCGUCGAGGCUGAGAACAUUGUCGAGAUCGGCGAGAUCGACCCCAUGGACAUUGACCUCCCCGGUAUCUACGUCGACCGCGUCGUCCCCGCUACUGAGGAGAAGAAGAUUGAGCUCGUCACCCUGACUGAGCCCGCCGAGGCCGCCGCCGAGUCCAAGGACGACGCCCCUAAGAGCAAGUCUCAGGAGAACCGUAUCCGUAUCGCCAAGCGUGCGGCCAAGGAGCUUAAGGACGGCUACUACUGCAACCUUGGUGUCGGUAUCCCCGUUCUCGCUGCCAACUACGUCCCCGAGGGCGUCAACGUCUGGCUCCAGUCCGAGAACGGUAUCCUCGGAAUGGGUCGUUACCCCACCAAGGAGGAGCUCGACGCCGACGUCAUCAACGCCGGCAAGGAGACCGUCACCCUUGUCCCUGGUGCUUCCGUCUUCGACUCGUCCGAGUCCUUCACUAUGAUCCGUGGAGGUCACGUGGACGUUUCGAUCCUGGGUGCCAUGGAGGUUUCCGCCACUGGUGACCUCGCCAACUUCAUGAUUCCCGGCAAACUUGUCAAGGGAAUGGGCGGCGCCAUGGACCUCGUCUCUGCUCCGGAGAAGACUAAGAUAAUUUGCGUCACGAAUCACUGCGAUAAGUACGGCAACUCGAAGAUCGUCGAGAAGUGCUCCCUCCCUCUUACCGGCAAGGGCGUCGUUUCGACCAUCAUUACCGACCUCGCUGUCUUCCAGGUUGACCGCGAGAACAAGAGCGGCGGCGGCCUUACCCUCACUGAGCUCGCCGAGGGCGUUACCCUCGAGGAGAUCAAGGAGAAGACCGGUGCUCCCUUCAAGGUCGCCGAGAACCUCGGCACCUUCUAA